GUGGGGUCGCACAGCGCUGCACUGUGCCGUCGAGCGGGGUCAUGCGAAGGCGGCCGUGGCCAUUGCUGAGCAUCCUUACUUCACGGCCUUUGCAGCCCGGACUCUUUGGGGCCUGGAUGCUUCCGCCAUGGCCUCGGAAUCGCUCCGAGAGGAGUUGGCGGAGGCAAAUCGCAGGAGACUUAGCCACAGCCCCGGCGCAGAGACCAAGGGCGCUGUCUCCAGCCGAAUACUGGUGAUGCUUCCGUACCUGCCUUAUGGCUACGGGCAGGCUAGCAUGCCCGAUCUGGUCGCCCAAGCCGUCGGCCCCUUUCUCUUUGAGGCAGCAGCCUGCUGGCCCCAAGACACGUCAAACGCAAGAGCUACGUGCUGCAAGGGUGGUGCAGCCGACUGCUUCACAGCACUUCACACCCGUAGGAGGUGUUGCUGGGAUAGUGCGACUUUGACCUAUGGCCUGGAGAUGGUCGAUACCUGGGAGCCUUUAGAGCAAAGCGCCAUCCCUACGUGGCGUGCGCUGAACGACGAUGUGUCGUUGGUGAACUGGCUCCAGAAAAAUCCGAGUUCCAUGCGACUUCGGCCCACUCAGCCGAUGGCCUCUUGCGUGCAGCAGGGCUCCGGUCUGCUUCUUAGUUGGCUUCAAAGCCUCAAAGGCUGCCUCAAAGAUGCCAAGUGCUCCAUCCCACCUCCCCCAACUCCUCCCCUCUCCGGCCUUUCCAACUCCAGCCUCUGUGCUCCCCUGUUGAGCCUCUCGAUGAUGGACGCUUACGCAGAUCUCUGGAGCCUCUGGAGCGGUCGCACGCCGAGCGCAGCCUCCGCAGAUCCCAGACAGCGCUUGCGUGCGCUGCGAGGGGCUUUGCAGCGUCACAACACUCAUCUCUGGCAAGUUGCCGCCGCCAGCAGGUGGCCCUGGAAAGGCCGUCCUCUGAUCCGCUUCGGGUCCUCUUCGGGGGAGAGGUACCACACCAUCGCCGAGAUACUGGAGACGUACUGUCGAACAUCUCACCGAAGCCGCCUGAUCUAUGUCGAAGUGGGCAUUUUCGAGGGAGACACGCCGCUUCAUCUGGCCAGAGUGGCGCUGCCAGCGAUGAAGGAGAUGCACCUCAUUGAGCCGGACAGGUGGCUCCUGCAACUGGCAGGUGCGCGGGUGGCGAGCGCUGCACAAUCCCAGCGUUGGUCAAGCUGCUUCCACAGCCACAGCUCCCUGAUGCCGCUCACCAGCUCCACGCACCCACUCGGAAAUGCCAAUCCGGGUUCCCUGCGACGGGCUGAGGCAGCUCGCUUCGUGUGCCUCGAGCCUCCUGACAGGAUUGACGGACGGGUCUUCCUCCACUUCGCCAACGCGACCGUGGCUUCAACGCGCUUUGUUCCUGGCAGCCUGGAUGUGGCUUUUCUCGAUGCGAGCCCCGGGAGCUUUCAAGUUGUCCUGCAUCAUCUUGAAAGCUACUGGGCUCUCCUCCGCAGUGGGGGCAUUCUGCUAGGUCAUGACUUCUACCAUGUCCACACAAGCUAUGAGAAGUUCAAUGACAUCGUUGGGGCUGCCCUGGCUUUUGCUGCGCGCCACGGACGCCAUUUGUUCCUUGGUGCCGACCAGCUGUUCUGGAUCGUGAAGUGA